UAUUUUAGAAACUUUGUCCAAAAAUAUGUAGAUUAUGCAACAACCCCAACCACUACCACUAUCUGUCCUCUCCCAGCUGGAUAAUAACAAUUAUACAUUAGCUUAUUAUGUGAGACACUUUAUAUACAACUGUAAUGGCUUCUAUAAAGUGUGGUUAUAUGAAACUGACACUGGUCUGAAAUUCGCAGUUAGAAGUUGUAACUAUACACAUUACAUAACUAUAAAAUACCACACUUAAUUCAAAAUAUUAUCAUAGGAGGAUCUUUUUACAUGGAAAAGUGUAGCAAUUCACAAUACAUAAUCUAGAGUUACCUCUAUCAACAAGCAUUAUUAACAAAUAGGCAAGCAGAGGGCAUAUAAUACAAUCAGUAUCCACUUGCACAUGCAGCGCUGGUGCAAGGACACCACUGCUGUUGGACUUACAUGGGACUGCUCCCAUGCUCUUGCAUGGAAACACUGGCUGUGCGUCGUGAAAGCGCCCUGCCCUGCUACUACUAAACCUCAGCAUAGUCUUAUCUUCUUGACGGGGACACAAUUUUAAUCAUAAACCUGACCUCACAAAUCCGUUUGUAGUUUUGUAAUGUGGGGCGUGCGUGCUGCUAAUCCCUGGAUCCUCACAGGAGGACCAUGAUUUCUGGGACGUUGUUGCCGGGGGGAAGGUGGCGCCUGGGACCUGUUGGAAAUGACAGCUAAAGAAGGCGGACUGAAGUACAGGGAUCACAAUAACAGUAAACGUAGAAGAUAGCGAAGAAACUCCCUCGUAUCACUGUGUAAAGGGUCGGUUUGUUAUGUUUGACAGCAUUAGCCAGAUAGCUAAUGAUUUUCGCUGUGAUCCACGACUCGCAAGCUAACGGGACCCAAGUGGAGUGCAUGGUUGUAUAGAUGGAGUCCCUGAUGAGUGCGGUGGCGCCGCGCUCCCCGGCCCCCGCCAAGAAGCUAUCAGAGGUGGACUUUCGGUCAGGGGCCACUCUGGAACAGCUGUCAGCCCAGGUGUCGGAGCUGGUACUUGUGGAACAGGGAGAGUUUGGAGACCAGACCGCCUUAGAGGUCCACACUGCCAAGGACUUUAUCUUCAACAUGCUAGGCUUAGUCCAGAAGGUAGACCAGCGCCUCCCGGUGGCCAACGAGUACCUGCUGCUGUCAGGUGGGGCCCGGGAAGGAGUCUUGGACCUAAACCCUGAGGACUUGGGGGACUACGUCAAAGGGGCCGACUUUGACCUGGACUUCACCCUGCUGGUGCCCGCUCUCAAGCUCCACGACCGCAACCAGCCUGUCACCCUGGACAUGAGGCACUCCCCUCCCUGCCACUCGUGGCUCAGCCUUCGCCUCUGCGACUCCAAUAUUCUGUCCCGCUGGAGCAUUUGCUGCCAGGAGGAGAUUGGACUUCCCGAUGAGGAGGAUGAGGAGGAAGAGGGAGAACUGAGUAAAGGCUCUAUCCCCUCCCUGGGCUCUCCUCAGUCUCUGGAUGGAUGCUACUUCUCUCCCUCCCUGGUGAUAGACUGGUUCUGGGGGGUGGUGAGCGAGGCUGUGGAGGAGCUGAGGCGCAGCCCCCAGAGAGGCAUUCCCACUCCGGACCGACUGGAGAGGAACGGACCCCUCACCACCAUAAUCCUCCAGGCAGGCUCCAGCCGGGUGCUGUACGACCUGCUGCCUGUGGUGUCGUUUCGGGGCUGGCCUGCUGUGGCCCAAGGCUGGCUGACGGCCAACCACUUCUGGGAUGGUAAAAUCACAGAGGAGGAGGCCAUAUCUGGCUUCUAUCUGCUGCCCUGCUGCUCCCCGCUGGGUGGCCGGCCCGACAGGGAGUGGAGGCUGGCGUUCUCACGCAGCGAGGUUCAGUUGAAGAAGUGCAUCCCCUACCCCAUGGCCCAAGCUUACCAAGCAGCAAAAGCCGUGUUGUCUCGUAUCCUGGCCCGUCCACGUGCAGGCCUCAGCCUCUAUCACCUGCGGACCCUUCUCUUAUGGGCCUGUGACCGACUUCCUGCCGCCUACCUGUCCUGCUCUGACGCUGACACCCCUGGCCGCCUCCUCCUGGGUCUCCUGGAUGACCUGGCUCAUUGCAUCCUGGGUAAAAACUGCCCAAACUACUUCCUGCCCCAGUGCAAUAUGCUGGAGCACCUUACAGACAGCCAGGCGCUGCUUGUCGCUAGGAAGCUCGCCCACGUGCGCUCGGAUCCCAGCGAGCACCUCCGGGCGGCUCUGGACCAAGCUCAGCAGGCGGGCCAGCUGAAGAAGGAGCUAACAGCUAGCACCAACGGCCACGGCUCCCCCGGGCACCACCCGGCCAACGGCAUUAUCUCGCCUUCGGAGGACAAGCUGGCGCAGCGACUGCAGCAGCUGGUAACUGAGAACCCUGGGAAAUCCAUAUCUGUCUUCCUCAACCCUGACGAUGUCACCAGACCACACUUCCGCAUCGAUGACAAGUUCUACUGACGCGGACACGCUGCAGAUGAGAAAUGUUUGUGGUUUAGCUUACAAACCCACUCUGAACAUGCUCUGAGACGUCACAUCAGAGGGUACGGAGACUGAGGGUGUUUUUCUUCAGAACACUGCAGGUCUGGAACUUAACACACUCCCCCCGCUCACCAUCCGAAGGCUGAACAAUUCAACUAAGCCUUGCUGCUCGACUGACUCUUUAAACCAAAAAACACACAUGUCCAACUACUGACAAAUGGCGUCCAAUUUGGCGCACGUCGCACAACAGACCUGAUGUCACCGAGCUGUUGCCACGGAGACGGCCCUCUCCUAACGAGCUGGCCUUAACGAGACUUAUCAGCUGGUGCUGCUGAGCUUUAGUCGUGUGAAUUAAGUCCAGUGAAGAUCAACACAGUGAGAGAGUGUGUGUGUUUGUAUAUGUUCGCCUAAGGGUUUUCACAUAUUACUUCUAAAGACGGAGGGAGAAAAGCUCCUUGAUUGCUGCAUUUCUCCCCUUUUUAUUUUAGAUCAGAGUGGGCGAUGGCUGAAUUAGAAAGGAAAAACAAGGUGUGGCUGAUGUAACUGAAUGUAACGUUGAGAGGAGAACUGCGGCGUCUUUGAGAGUCUCUUUUCUCUGUCAACUACGUUUUCGCCUUCUUUGUUUUUUUAUCCCCUCGCCUCGAUUUAUGGCAGGUUUUUCAUUAAGAAAAAAUCUUUCUCAGGUAUCCAUAUUGCUUAUUAUUAUUAGUUAUAUGUCUUUUAAGAUCUGUAACUAUAUUUUAAUGUCACUUACAUUUCAUUGGGUAAUGGAAUGUACCAAAGAGCUGCAUUUUGAGCAGAGAAACACACAUCUUACAUAUCCCUUAACAUCGCAGUUUGGUCCAACCUACUGAGUCAUGGUCAGAAUGUUAAUUUAGCUUUUCUCCUACUGCAGGCCCCGUCACACCAGCUCUGAAAUCUUCCAGCAAAAUCAAUUUAUUCGAGUGGGAACGUUCCAACAAAUGGAUUGGCUCGAGAGUCAGUUAUAAGUCAAUGGUACAAAAUAAUAUGUCUCUUGAAAAUACUGUGUGAACUGAUCCUGUUAGCAACCAAGUAAGCUAGCUAAUGUCUUUGCUUACAAUUAGCAAGCAGUUAGCAAAGUUGCUUCUCCCCCUUGCCGAAUAUUCUCUGAUUCCACCAUCUCAAAUUAUGCUUUUCUUUGCAAUAUAUGAUUUAAUAUAUGUGGGUUUUAGACUGUUGGUUGGAGAAAACACGCAAUUUAAAGACGUCACAUUUUACAGAAAUAAUGUGUGAGAAGUAAUGAAAACGUUGCAGCCCUAAUCACUUCGUCACCGAGCUUCUAGAACCGCAUAAUUUAAAGAGGCAGGUAAAAUUUUGCUGUGCCACUUUCUGCUGUGACCGGGCCUUUUGGAAAACAGUUGAGACUGAAGGAGGAGGAUGGAGAUGUAAAAUGUAUUAAAACGGAUUAAUUGUUAUUAGAAUGAUUUGAAAUCCUUGAAACUAAAAGAAAGUGUUUGACUUUUCUUUUCCUACCCGAAAAGGUAGGAAGGUCUUUUGGUCCUUCGUGUUUGGAGUGUUAAGGUAGGCCCUUUAGAAGGGAUUUAGAAAAUAUAACCUUGUGUAUGGAGCUAUGACGAAUCACUUUAGCAGGAGUGUAUUGAUCAAGUCUGCGUUGAACAAAAAGACAGGCACAGAAUAGCUGUAGAGUUAGGCCUUCGGCUACUCAUCGACCAGAGUCAUGACUAAGUCAAGGUACUUAACUGCGGGCCCUGUACAUCUUGUUGCACACCAUGUAAGUGUGUCUAUUAACUUUUCACUGAGAAACCUUGGUUCUGCCUUGACUGGUUCUGAUAAUUGUCCCCCGUCUCCUCUGCUUGGAUGGUCUUUUUUAAUGAGCUUUGUGUACAUGUAGAUGUGUGUUCACAGAGAAACGGACCACGCAGCCGGACGCAGACAGACACCCAGAUAUGCUGUCCGUUGAAUUAUACCCUCAGUGGGUGUUUGUUAGUCGCUGGGCCCUGUCGCUGCUCCCCAGAUGGAAGUCAUCCAUGGGGGGAUGGAGGGAUCUAUAGAGGAUGGAUGGAGUGAGAAAGAGCGGCCCUAUAUUGCUCCUUUUGAAGAGAUUUGAAGAAGGAAGAUGGGUCUUGCGGGGGCUGGACACCUGGGGGAUGUUGCUGUCUUUCUCUUUUUUUUCUUGCUGGUUUCUCACUCUCUUUCAUUUUCUCUAAUGUUUCCUUUUAUUCCUUCUCCCUCCUCCCAUCCAGAUUUCAUCCAUCUUUCUCACUUUAGCAUCGGAGGUUCAGAGCAAUGUGUAAGCUCUCUAAAACUUGGUAGUAGUCCAGCGUUAUGUUUACACUGAUUUUAUUGAGCUGUACAGUAAAUGGUAUAGUGGAAACAAGUAUAAGCAGACGAGCAUUACUGUUCUCCCUUCCGCGUGUAUUAGUUUUGUGGGUCUGACUUGUUUUAACGUAAUGAAUUUGAGACUGAACACUGUCUGCAAACAUUCAGCACUAGAAUUCUUUUUCCAGUGUUAGAGCCUAGUCAGGGUAUAAAACGCUACAAGCACAUGACUUGUCACAGUUGAGUUUACGUAAAAUAUCAUGGCUGCCAGUUUUAAAGCUGCUGGGGGAUUGUUUUUCCUUUAGACAGGUGAAGGAACAUUUCUGAGUCUCAUGUUCUCAAAGUCUGGGUCUACAAAUUUCUUGUGCUUACUACUGAAUGAAUAUUUCACCGCAUCUGUUUGUACUAGUGGCGUGAAUGUGAGUAUGAACUGAGCGUGAGGAAAACCAAAGUGUGUUUAGUUUUUAUUUUAGUUUUUUUGAGGUGGUACAGAAUGUCUUGAGCAGGGUGUGUAUUCAGCUGCUGGGUGUCGGUGUGUGUUUUCAGCACUUUUCUAAGACGGGCUCAAAUGUUGUUACCCAAAUUUGUACACAUUUUGAGUAGUCAUAAAUACAAUCGCAGAAUUUCUUUAUCAGAAAAUAUAGUCAUUGUCAAGGUAUGUUCUCAUUGUCCUCUUUACUGUUUGACCGAGAGUGUUGGAAGUGUAAAAUGUGUCAGGUGUGUGUCUCACUUUGUACCUUAACGGGCCUUGUUAGAGAUUACUAGACACUGGAAACAAUCAAUGCUUUCCUGAAUUGUACACAUGAAAUCUUUGUGGAGAAUAUAAAAUCUUGUAUUUUACCAUAGUGUCAGUUUCUAGAUAUGCAUUCAAGCCCCCCCCCCCCCGUGGAAAGGACUGCCGUUCACAACGCCUGCUUUAAUUGUAUUUCGGUGUAGAUUUGCUGUAGUUGUGAAAAGGGGGAAUCGCUGUCUGCUGUCUGGGGGUUGCAUGAAACACAGAUCAAAGUUAUUGCUGUUUUAUUGUGCUGAAACUUCUGGAGAUUCUGUUUAAGAUUCUUUAAACUUCUGUGGAUAAAUAACUGACCAAAAACAACGAAUGUAUCCCUAUCUCUCUAAUCUGUUCCCCGCUUGGGAACACAUCAAAUCUAAUUUCUCACCGUUAUCUGAACAGAUGUACUCUGGUCUGUGCUCGAGUGCAGAGAUAAUAAUCUGUACUGAAUCACUCCACAGUUUGAGAAAUUGAAUUUCAUAUCUCUUUCAUUACUUGAGUUCUUCCUCUCAUUUUUUUUGAAUAAGUGCAAAUUAUUUUCUCUGUAUCAUGAAAACAUGACUGAUCUGCUGUAUUUAUUACUUUUAUUUUCUGAGGGGGGUUCUGUUGAUCAAUCUUCAAGCUUUAGCAUGAAAUAAAUCACUACAUUUCAAAUCA